AAUGCCGCACUUGGCGCUGGCUCGCAGUCUUCCCCCCCCUCCCCUCCCCUCCCCCGGACCCCUCCUUGCUGAGAGUGAGCAGGAGCACGCCGGGACCCGCUUACCCAGCGGAUGAUGAACGCCUUUGGCCAGGCGCCUGGUGCCAGUGGUCAGCCUUCUCCUCUCCAACAAGCCAGCGCGCAGGAAAUCCUGGACAUGGCUGUGUACUGCGACAACUUCAGCGUGUACCCCCAGAACCUGCACCACCAUCACCACCACCACCACCCUCAGCGGCCGUCUGCCCAUCCCCCGAGCUACGGGCUGAGUGACUACACUUCCCCCAGCGCCAGCCCCUACCUCUGGCUCAAUGGAGCGCCGAUGAACUCUUCGCCUUACCUGGCCGGCAGCAAUGGGGCAGCUUACAUCCCGCCCGGCUACGGCACGGGCCAGCGGCAGUUCCUGGCGCCUCCGUCGGGUUUUGGAAGCACCGAGCUGGGCUGGCUGUCCCUCCCGAGCCAACAGGAACUUUUUAAGAUGGUUCGCCCUCCGUACUCGUACUCAGCGCUGAUCGCCAUGGCGAUCCAGAACGCUUCGGACAAGAAGCUGACCCUCAGUCAGAUCUACCAGUACGUGGCGGACAACUUCCCCUUUUACAAGAAGAGUAAAGCGGGCUGGCAGAACUCCAUCCGGCACAACCUGUCCCUUAACGACUGCUUCAAGAAAGUGCCCAGAGACGAAGACGACCCAGGUAAAGGUAAUUACUGGACCCUGGAUCCCAAUUGUGAGAAAAUGUUCGAUAAUGGGAAUUUCAGGAGGAAGAGAAAGCGUCGAUCAGACACUACAGGGCCCAGUGGCCACGGGCUGGGUGACAAGACUGAUGACGCAAAUAUGAAACCGUCAGAUACAGCCAGUGUCCUGGGGUCGGCCUCUCCCGGACAGCAGAGUUCUCCUGGGACUGCCAGUGACUCCAAACCCUCGGUCUCACCAGUCAUGCAAUCCAAUCCCUGUUUCAGCAACUUCGUGUCGAACAUGAGCACCAUGGUCAACGGCAGCACUGGGGUAAAAAGACCGAUUUCCUCUGGGGGACUGGUGGGGGAUUUAUCACAAGCUAGGCAAAAUCUCCCUGGACUCAAUUCUUACUCACCAUCACACAACCCAAUGCAUAACACAGUCGACAUUCACAAUCGAUUGAACUAUUAUCAGUCUCCUGUUUCCGGUCAACAAAGUGGACUGAGCGGCCCCUUGUGUAACCACUUCAGUGUCAAUAAUCUGAUUUACAGCAGAGAAGGCACAGAGAUUUAACCACGAGGAGUGUACGUGUACAGAGUACAAACUUUAGAAACAAAGAAUAUGCCUUUUUUUAUACAAUAGCAAUGUGAGUAAUAUUUCUAGUGCAGUUUUGAUAGAAUUGGUUUGUUUUCGUGUCAAAUUGCGCUUAUUGUAAAUGACAUGGACAAAUACAAUUAUGUUUACUUCCAGCUAGCAUUUUGACACAAACUAUUUGUUUACAUAAGGAUUCAAGUUCGGAUAGUAAAACGAACUGUAGAUUGAAAUCUGUAGGUGGGGAUUUGUGCACUAAGCAACCAAGAAGAAAAUUAAUGAUGUAGACGAAUGUGGUAUGUAUCCACUUAUCAGAGAUUUGAACUGUAGGAUUGUCGGACACUGUACUAUAUAGGGAGAAGUAAAUAGUUUUUGUAAUGUUGAAAUAUGAAAGUUUCAGUAUUUGUAUUUUAGGACGUAGCUGUCAGAGUUUGAGUUCAUUGUUUGAAUGGGAUUCACUGGACGCCUUGUGUGCAUUGGGCAAUUUUUGUGUUUUAUAAUCCUGCGUCCUUUCUUAAUAGCCGGUCGUGUUGAGAUCACUUGCUGUUUCUGUACUUAAACUUGCGUUUCUUGUUUUUUUUUAA